AUGGCGAUUUGUUCCAAUUUUCAUAUAGUUAUGCUUGUUGGAAUAACCUUAACUGAAGGGCAGCCUUUCAUGUCCGAGGUUUGGACGCCUACAGUAGAACUUGUUACCAAUGUUUUAAAUGUGCUACAAUGGAAGCAUCUGACGUUUAUACAUAGUAACGAAAGACAGUGUUGGCCGAUAGUGGAACAACUUCAGAAGUACUUCGACGAACAGAAUAUCUCACGAAUUGUGUAUAAACAGAGUGAUUCAUUUUUUCAAAUUAACCUUUGGACUUCAAUACAUUCACAAUUUUUCCCGCAUAUUCACCUCGUGUACAUUUCCUGCUCUAGUUUACAGAAAAUGAAUGAUAUGAUGCGAAUCAUUAAUGAUUUUGAUUCCAUGUCGAACAGAACGACAGACUUUCGAAGCAAAUCGCAGUGGUUAUUGGUCCGACCAUCGCCUAACCAGAAUGAUGGAUUGGUUGAUAAUUAUGUUACAAUUCCAGAUUUAUGCCACGUGGCUUUAAUUCAACCGAUACAAAACGAAAACUAUUCUUGUGGGACAAUUAAAACAUUAACAAAAACUCACUGCGGAGGUAUUUUCACAAACGUAAGGAAACCGUUAAGUAAGAGCACCAUUUACCCUAACCUACGUUUCAAAUGGAAUAAACGCCAUCUUGUUAUUGGUACUUUACCAUUUAUUCUACUCAAGCGUAGAACAGAAAACAACCAAUCUGUGUACUAUGGAAAUAUGAUGAAGUUACUUACUGCUAUGUCUACAUAUCUAAAUUUUACUUAUGAACUAGUGGAACCAGUUGGUGAAAUUUGGGGUACGGAGACUGCGAAUAACACUUUUACUGGAUUGCUGGGAAUGUCUCAAAAACACGAGGUAGACAUAAUAUUUGCUGAAUUUGUUAUCACCAACGAAAGACGAAAUAUAAUGGAGUUUAUUCUUCCAUCAAUGUUUACGACAACAUUGGGUUUGAUUUAUAAAGAACCCGAAGGAGCGAGUCUACAAUCGUGGGUUGCGAUUUUCAGGCCUUUCAGUACUAACGUGUACAUAUUCUUAAUGAUUUCUUUUCUUUAUUUUCUAACGAUCUAUAUCAUUAUUGAUGUUGUCAUCCCUUGGUAUUGCAACUGUUCUCAGAUUGAUGAUGGAUUUGGUAUUCUAUUCAUAGUAUUUGCACUUUUUGGGUGUUUAACCCAAGAAAGUAUUGAUAUAAAACCAAGGACAAGAUCAAGUCACAUUUUGCUUAUAUCCUGGUGGUUAUUUAGUAUUGCGAUGGCUGCUACCUAUAUAGCAAAUUUAUCUUCGCUGCUUCUUGUACCGAAAGUUGAAACGUUUAGUAACUUGGAAGACUUAAUCAACGCUAACGAUUGGAAAUUCGGAUUGCUUGGCCAAUCUUCUUCUGCAACUCUUUUUGAAACCAGUUCUGUGCCAUCAUUUCAAGCUGCUUGGGAGAAGAUUAUCGAAUUCAAUCGAACAGAUCCUGGUGUGUUGAGCGAAGAUGUCUUUUUCCAUGUGGACAAAGCAUUGACUAGUAGAUAUGUGUUCAUUGUAGUCAAUCCUCUGGCUGUUCAAAUGAUAUCCCACUGCAAGCUGAAGUAUUCGAAAUUUUACAUCGCACUUCAAUAUGUAACCUUUGGAGUACCUGUAAACUCGCCCUUGAAGAAAGAUAUUGAACAGUUUAUGUCUUUAGUAUUUGAAAAUAGAAUUUACGAAUAUUCCCUAGAGAACCAUACGAGAUGUGAAAAAGAGGACAAAACGUCUGAAAUUCAACCGAUUUACCUGGGCAAUAUAAUAGGAGCUUUUCUUAUGUUGUUUGUUGGCAUUGCUUUUUCCUUAUUUGUUCUUAUGGUAGAAAUAUGUAUCACCAAAUACAAUCGUAAUUAG